UAAUUACAGAGAAGCAAGUCGUUGCCGUGUUUGACCUCAGAACUCAAAACCCUUACUUACAUUUAUAAAACAGUAUAUAUAGAAACACAGACCUUCCCUCCCUUUAAUUAAAAUUAUUUUUUUAUUUUAAUUUUAAAUAUAUAUAAAAAAAUUAAUAUCACUCCGGAACACAACUCAGAUUUCGAUUUAGAUUUUCUCGAGAAAAUUCAACAUUUUCCUGCAAUUACAACACUUUACUUAGGUUGAGAUGAGAGCCGUUAAUGGAGAUUCCAGACCUUCCAACAACGCUUUGGACACUAUAAACGCUGCCGCCUCCGCGAUCGCUUCCGCCGAGAAUCGUGUUCCUCAAGCUACGGUUCAGAAGCGCAGAUGGGGAAGCUGCUUUAGUGUAUACUGGUGUUUUGGUUAUAACAGACACAGAAAGAGAAUUGGGCAUGCUGUUCUUGUGCCUGAAACACCUGGCCCUAGAAAUGAUUCUUCAGCGGCUGAAAAUUCAACCCAAACACCUACGAUCACACUUCCCUUUGUCGCACCUCCCUCAUCUCCUGCAUCUUUCCUACAAUCAGAACCUCCUUCUGCUUCACAGUCACCGACAGGUGUCCUGUCACUCACCUCUAUAUCAGCCAAUAUGUACUCUCCCAGUGGGCCUUCAUCCAUUUUUGCUAUUGGCCCUUAUGCUCAUGAAACCCAGUUAGUUUCACCACCUGUAUUCUCUACUUUCACUACUGAACCAUCUACAGCUCCUUUCACUCCUCCUCCAGAGUCUGUACACUUAACUACACCAUCCUCCCCUGAGGUGCCUUUUGCUCAGCUGCUUGACCCCAGCAUCAGGAAUGUGGAGGCUGGACUGAGGUUCCCAUUAUCGAACUAUGAAUUUCAGUCUUACCAACUUUAUCCUGGAAGCCCGGUUGGCCAGCUGAUUUCACCGAGCUCAGGCAUUUCUGGAUCAGGCACAUCAUCUCCUUUCCCUGAUGGAGAAUUUGCUGCCGGUUUUCUUGAGUUCCGAAUGGGUGAGCCUCCGAAGCUCUUGAACCUUGAUAAGCUCUCUACUCAUGAGUGGGGAUCACGCUGUGGUUCAGGAACUUUGACCCCAGAUGCUGUAAGGCCUACAUCUUGCAGCUUCACUCCAGAUCGUCCGUUUUCUGAUUUUGUAUCACACAAACAUUCAGACAAUGGAAACCAAAAUGAUGAAGUUGGUGAUCAUAGACUCUCUUUCGAAUUAGCUGCUGAAGGUGUCUUGGGAUGUGAGGAACAGAAUCCAGCAUCCCCUGUCAAAAUCAUAGGAGACUCUUUGGAAAAUGGAACAGUAGCUGCAAGAACAGAAGACUCUACUGAAGUGGUAGAUGAUUUCGAGUCCCGUGUUGGCGAAACAUCUAAUGGAACUCCAGAGAAAGCCUCAACGGAUGGAGAGAAGGCACCACCACGACACGAGAAGCAUAGGUCCAUAACUCUUGGCUCUCUAAAAGAAUUCAACUUCGACAAUGUGGAUGGAGGAGAUUCCCAUAAGCCUAAUGCUGGUCCAGACUGGUGGGCCAAUGGAAGUGAUAUAGGGAAAGAAGAUGGGGCCACCAAGAAUUGGUCCUUCUUCCCUAUGAUGCAGCCAGGUGUCAGUUAGCAAUUAUUUAAUUCCAUCUUCUGAUACCUUCCAAGAGGAUUUCCAAUUUUCCACUUGCUGCAGGGUAAGCACCACACUUGUUGAAGCAAAUUCCAGUGAAUUUUUAGGGUGUUGUGCAAAAGGAACACUGACCCUGAGAUGAAGGCUGUUUUUGAGUCCUUCGUGACCUGAAAACAGGGACAGGUGGUAGUGGCACUUUUUUGCUUACUUAGCAUAGAUAGUUGUAAUAUAUCUCCCUAGUUAAUUUAGACAGAAAGAUGAACUAACAUUGCUUGUUAGAUAUUUUUGUGGUGUUGUCUUUUUUUUCAUUGUAACAUAACUGGUGAAUAGGACAGUUUUAUACAUAAUAGUACUGAAGAUGAAAAUUCGAUUUUAUAAUAACUACUGAAGAUAGAAAAUUCUGCCAAA